UUGGAUGUUUUGGAUUCUUUUGAAUCUUGUUAAACCGCCAAAUCGGGAGGCUUUUUUUGUUUAGAAGUCGUCCGUUACUGGAUUUGUUGAGAUUUCGUGUUUCUGGUUUUUUGGGGGGUUUUAAUCUGUUCUGGGUAUAGGGGAUUUGAAUUUGGAGUGAUGGUAGAAGAGGUGAAGAAGGAGCAUGGGAAGGGCGAGAAGGUUCAGGGUGUUGUGAUGACGUCCUGGUUUCCGGCUUCGGAUGGCAGCUUCGAGAUGAAGGCUAGCGCUCUGCCUGGGAGAGGUGCUGGCCGAACCAGGAGAUCAACAAAGGGUGGUUGGACAGAUGAAGAGGAUGAUAUAUUGGCUACAGCUGUGAGGCGGUUCAAUGGGAAAAAUUGGAAGAAAAUUGCUGAAUAUGUCCCCGACAGGACUGACGUUCAGUGCCUUCAUCGUUGGCAGAAGGUGCUUAAUCCUGAUUUGGUCAAAGGAGCAUGGGCAAAAGAGGAAGAUGAUUGCAUUAUCAAACUGGUUAAUAAAUAUGGUCCUAAGAAAUGGUCUCUCAUUGCACAGUCUAUGCCAGGGAGGAUAGGCAAACAAUGUCGGGAGAGGUGGCACAAUCAUUUGAACCCAGCAAUCAAGAAAGAUGCAUGGACAACGGAGGAAGAGACAGUUCUUAUUCAUGCUCACCAACUGUAUGGGAACAAAUGGGCAGAAAUGGCUAAGCUUCUACCUGGAAGGUAUAUUAUAUCUAAUGCUAUUAAUUUUCUUCAGUGGAAUCUGUUUGAAAUUGGCUUGCUCUGCCAAAUUCUGAAUCACUGGAACUGUUCUUUGAAAAAGAGGUUGCCCUCAAUUUUAGCUUCUGGAAUUCUUGACCAAACCCCUGGGCUUGCUUCUCUUGAUUUGAAUGGGCAUUUACCAACAUCAGAAUGCCAGCCUGUAAAGCCUAGCCAGCAACAGAUCAAACAAUUUGAUAGGAAAAGAACCAUAAAUAAAUCUUUAGUUACACCCGAAGCUUGUUUGGAUGAUCAGGAUUUAUCGUUGGGGUUUCAGGAUUUUGGUCUGCAGUCAAUUGAAAAUUCUAUAGCUGUAGGACCAGAGAAUCGAGAAAUUACAAUUGAAGAUUCAAAACGAUUAAAAAUAGAGGUAGAAGAAAUUCCAUUGGAUGAUCCUAAAUGUAUACAAAUAGAGGCGAUCAAUUUUGCAAAGCAUCUACAGUGUGGGGGAGAUAAAGGUCCCGCCAGUUAUCCAAAUAGUUUCCUAUACAAGGAUGCGAGUCCUUGCAGGACUGAUCUCUUGCCUCAUGUGACAAAUUUGUGGCGCAUAGAGGAUUCUAAUCAUAGUGGUGCUGCAGAUGAUUCACAUGUUGCUUCAGUUCUUCAGCCAAAAGCACAGAAUUUUAUCAGUAAUCCGUUCUUUUCACAUAGUGAGUUUGACAGAUCCUUCAGUAAUAAGAUGUUGGAAUCUCCUAAAAAACUGUGGAGGUGUGAAUUUGUGAUUAAGGAUGAGAACAAAAAAUAUAAGGAUAAAAAUAUUUCACAGACUCCUACGACUGUUUUAAGUAGCUAUGAUAAAUUUUGUGGUGGAGAUCAGAUCAUUAGAACACCUGUAUCUUUGGACAAUUCAACUUUUUGCCCCUUGUAUUGUGCACCAUUGCAGUUGGCAGGCAAUGAAAUAUCACUUGUGAAUUCACGAAAGUCUGAUACGGAUGUUCAUACCAAGCAGAAGUGUAGCCCAGUUCAGUGUUCCACGCCAUCAAACCUGUCAUUGAGUCUUGCUUGUGUUCCAACCACUCCAGAAUCUAUCUUGAGGAGUGCGGCAAAGACCUUCAAAAAUAUCCCAUCAAUCAUGCGAAAACGUGGCAGGGAGAGUUCAAAAGUGUUGUUUCCAAAGAACUCUCCACAAGCAAGGUGUGAAGCAACAAAAACUGAUGGUAGUGGUGAUUCUUCUCGGAGGGUUGCAAACAUUGAGAAUGAUAAGGAUAAUGAAUGUGUAUCACAUCACUAUCAAAGAAAAAAUUUGUUCGAUCUGAAUAAAUCUGAUAUGUUGAAUGGGGAGCCGCUUUUAUCAUAUUCCAGUGAACAGCCAUUGAAGAGUAAACAUUUUAGUACAACAAAAUGCAUAGAGAAAAAGCUAGAAAUGGAGUUUGAUUUGGAGUGGGAUGCUUGCUCAUUAUGACUGUUGCAGCAUCAGACAAGCUCAAAUUGCGAAUGCAGUUCAAGCACACUUUUUUGUAGACAAUUUAACGGAGGUGUUUCCAUUACCCUGUUCUCUUGCUAAACUAAAACUUUUGCCAUCCCUAUAUGCUCCAAGAGCUGUAUAAAAUUACGUCUUGUUUUUUAGAAUGUUUUUUAUGAUUUCAUCGAUCAAUGAUUACAUUAACUGAGUCACUGAAAUUUGUAAUUUUGGAGUAGUAGACUGUGAUAACCAACGUUGACUCUGAUCCCCUUUGUAUAGAUGAAUUUUGGGAAGGCUGAGUCAACAAAGCUGUACAUUUGGAACGUGGUAUUCUUCAUGUUUUCUUAAGAUGUCAUGGUGCAUUGCAUUGAAAUUUCCCUGGUAGUCUUUGAUUCAAAAUCCAAAUCAUAAACCUUAAC